CUGUGGCGCGGGGCGGCGGGGCCGGGAGGCGGCGGGGCCAUGGAGGCCAAGGGCGGCUACGUGCUCGCCAACCUGGCCGAGGUGGUGGAGCGCGUCCUCGGCUUCCUGCCCACCAAGGCGCUGCUGCGCGCCGCCUGUGUGUGCCGGCUGUGGAGGGAGUGCGCCCGGCGGACGCUGCGGGCGCGGCAGCGCAUCGCCUGGGUGUCGGCGCUGGAGCCGGGCCCCGCUGACAGCCACGCGCUGGUGCGGGCGCUGGGCCGCGAGCUCGAGAAGGUGCACGUGCUGCCCCAGACCGUGCUCUACAUCGCCGAUGCCGAGACCUUCAGCGGGCACGAGGAGUGUCACGAGCAGAAGAAAGCCAGGAAAAGAAACAGUAAAGAAACAGCACUUGCACUUGAAAAGUUGUUGCCAAAGCGAUGUCAGGUUCUUGGACUGGUCACCCCAGGGAUUGUAGUUACCCCCAUGGGUUCAAGCAGCAAUCAGCCUCAAGAAAUUGAAGAGGGCGAAGCUGGGUUUGCUCUGUUGUUUCCCAAAAUGGAUGGGGUGAAAAUUCACACCUUCCAUUUUUCUAAAGAUGUGAAGAACAGGGUCUUUGAUGAAAAUAAAUUUGCUGAAGCAGGUCUGAAGAAUAACCCAGAUCUCCGUGUUGUUCUUCUGUUUGGCUACAACUCCUGGAAGUCUGGAGCUACUCGAUUUCUUCAUCAAAUAGUCAAUCCAUUGAAUGAGAAAAGUAUCAUCCUGGCUGGGGGACAAGUGGAGAGCUUCACAUCACUGACCUCUGAGAAUGCCCAGGCCCAGCCCGGGGACGCCUGCGGGGUGGUGGGGCUGGCCUUCAGCGGGCCCCAGGUCCAGAGUGCCACCGUGCUGCUGGACCAGGACGUGGCCGACGAGAGGACGGCGGAAGCGGCCGUGCAGCGCCUCAAAGCCGCCAACAUCCCCGAGCACAACACCCUGGGCUUCAUGUUCGCCUGCGUGGGCAGGGGGUACCGGCACUACAAAACCAAGAGGAACAUGGAAGCAGAUGCGUUCAGGAAGUUUUUUCCAAACGUACCCCUCUUUGGCUUUUUUGGACACGGGGAGAUAGGAUGUGACCGAAUAGUCACUGGGAAUUUCGUAUUAAGAGAAUGUAAUGACAUUAAGGAUGACCUGCUUCACGGUUACACCACCGUUAUGACUCUUAUUCAUUUUGGUUCAACUAAAGCAAGCCAAGCAUAAAUAAGGUUUAAUGCUGCAGUGAGCUGUUUGUUUCAUUCCAGAGAGCUGAGAAGUCUGGAAGAGUGGACAUCUUGCAGUCAGAACCCCCUUCCAAAACGUAAACAUCAUUUUGGUAACGUUAUCAAGUCUUGUAGUUGCAAUAGAGUUUAAUAUACUAUCUGCAGGAAAGCCUUGCAUUUUGUGUAAUCCCCUGUACACAUCAGAAUUGCAGGAAAUUAUAUUUAAUGGAAUUCUGCAAUUGAAGAAAGCCUCUUUCUUCCAAAAAGAGAAUGGUUUGCACAAAUCAUAGAAUAUGCUGACUUGGAAGGGAUCCACUGAAUCAUUGAGUCCAGUUCCUGGCCCUGUACAGGACAUCCCCAGGAAUCCCGUGAUGUGCCUGAGAGUGUUCUGAAACUCAGACAGGCUUGGUCCUGUGACCACUUCCCUGGGGAGCCUGAUCCAGUGCUCAACCACUCCGGGUGAAAAACUUUUCCCUGAUAUCCAGCCUAAACCUCCUGACUCAGCUUCAUGCUGUUUCCUUGAGUCCUGUCACUGUCACAAGAGUGAAGAGAUCAGUACCUGCCCCUCGGGAGGAUGUUGAAGAUCCUAAUGAUGUCUCCUCUCCGUCUCCUGUUCUCCAGCUGAACACACAAAGUGCCCUCAGUGUCCUCACACGGCUUCCCCUCAAGGCCCUUCAUCUUCAUUGCUCUCCUUUGGACACUCUCUAAUGGCUCAAUCUCUCCCUUACGCUGUGUCCCCCCAACUGCCCCAGUAUUGAGCUGAGGCCGCCCCAGGGCAGAGCAGAGUGGGACAAUCCCCUCCCUGAUGCCCCCAGGACAAGGAUGUCCCUCCUGGCUGCCAGGGCACUGCUGACUCAUGGCCAGGUGGCCACCGACCAGGACCCCCAGGGCCCUUCCCACAGCUGCUCUCCAGCCUCUCAUUCCCCAGUCCAUACACACAGCCAGGGCUGCCCCAUCCCAGGGGCAGAAUCCUUGUUAAACUUGUCAUGGUUGAUGAUGGCCCAUCUCUGAUUUGUGGAGGUCUCUGCAGGGCCUCUCUGCCCUUCAGGGAGUUGAAGCUCCUCCCAGUUUCAUGUUGUCAGCAAAGCCAAAUACCAACAUGUAGAAAGAAAUGGGACUUGGACGUGCUCUAUUUAUGUAUGUAAAGCAGUCCAUGGAAAAAUCCAUUUCCUGGAUUUUAGUUUUAGAGAGAUGCACAACCUUCCCAGAGCCCUAUUUACAAAACUGAAUGGUUUCACUAGAUAAAAUGAAUGAAAAUCUUAAAAGUAACAAACUGCUCGUUAAAUAAAGAUGAAAGUGUGUCAAAGUACUUUGCCUUCUAUUAGAGAAAAGGCUCUGAUUUAAAGAGAUGUUGUCCAGCUACAAGUUCAGCUUGGUUCACCACCUUGAACUGAAUUUCAGUUGUCUUAACUGUCUGGUUUAGAACGUAGUGGUUGUUUUUUUCUUUUGGAUCUUCCUGUAGCUUGAUUACAAACUUAAAUCCAGAGU